AUGGUACGGUGGUACCGUAUUGUAGGGAAAGUUGAUAGUGGCAGUCAGUUAUCCGUCGCGCUCGUCGACACCGGCACUGUCAAGAGCGAACCGGGGUUUUCGCCCGCCAUCGAUGCCAAAGUCGAAUUCGGAACCGAUCACUUCAACGUGACCGACGACCACAGAUUCGUCCAUCUUGACGUCAAGGCUGUGUUGACGAACAACGAUGGCGCCACCAUUUCCUAUACCUACAAAGGUCAUCUAGAGGUCACUCCGGAGCUGGGGUUGAUUUUUGCUGGCAGCCCAGAGGCCAAGACGACCGAUUUCGGAAACGGAUUCACCCAUAUCACUUUCGAGACUGGCGCCGCCCAUCUGAAAAGUCUCGAGUCAGCCAGGUUCGUCGGCACCAGCCGGUUCAUCGUUCAAGAUGGAAAAGGACCAGUGAUCGAGACCAAGAUCAGUAAGAUAGUCAAUGGUUGA